UGUUGUGUGAGAUAUUAAGGUCAAAGGUCAUUAUCAAUGUUAUGGAAUCCAAAAUGGACGCCUUGCUUCGUGUUGUGAGGAAGUCACCAAACGUAACUAAAGAUCAAGGGAAAAUAAAGCAUUCGAAAAUUCCUGAAGGAUGGGGUGAUGUUAGUGAGCCAGUUGUAGAAGGGGUGACAUUUUACUUAAAGUAUAUAGGAUCAACUCUUGUAGAAGAGCUCCAUUCAGACCAGACAUAUGGAGAUGGCAUCAGCGCUAAAGCAGUACAUACUAUCACAGCUAUGGCCAAAUCAGCUGGGAAAAAACUAAGAAAAACAGCUUUAACUGUGUCUCCCAAAGGCAUCCGCACAGUAGACAUGACAACGAAGCAGGUUAUGUUUGAUAUCUCAAUCUACAGAAUAUCAUUCUGCACUGCUGACAAAAACCAUGACCACGUUUUUGCCUACAUUGCAAGGAACACCACAAAUGAAACUAUGGAAUGCCAUGCAUUUUUGUGUGCAAAAAUAAAAAUUGCACAGGCUGUCACACUCACAGUUUCUCAAGCUUUCACUAUAGCUCAAGAAAAAUGGCAAGCAAAUAAAAAACUAAAGAAAGCCAUGAAAGAUGCUGCAAAGAAAGAAAAGAUUCAGUCUCAAGAAAUCGUUUUCAAGAAAAGUAAUGAUUCAAGCAUCAAUUCAGCUCCACUUAUUUCAUUCACUUCCACGCCCUCACCACCAAUGACACCUGAAAUUUCUACAGAUAUUUCUCCCCUUAAGAGCCAGAGCAUUGGGCAUAGAAAAAACUGGCAAAGUUUUGAUGACACAGAUGAUGACAUAGAUGAAAUGUUUUCAAGGCUGGCAGAGAAUCGUAUUAAAAAAAUGCCAUCCUUUGGUACAGACCUCAAAGAAGAUGACUUAGAGGAUGGCGUACAGAAAUAUAUGGCUGGCUCUGCUUGUUAUGAGGCUUUCUCACGCACUAUGUCUGUGGAUGACCUGCUCAGUUUGUGACUGCUUUCUUCUAUAGCUGGCGCCCAAACUAUUUAUUUUUUUGUUACAUUGAUGAUCCACCCACUACCCUUUAUAAAAGUCAUUCAGAACGUUUUUUUUAACUUUUUUGAUAAUUAAGAUUUGUCUCUCAAAAAGUAAACUAAAUUUGAUUUAUAGUUUUUAAAAAAAUCACAAGAUAUAUCAGUUGUGCUAGGCAUGCUGUCUUGGUAUUAUAUAUUGUAUUUAUCAGAUAGGUUUCUAAAAGUAAAUUUAAAAAAAAACUAGAUCAAGUUUAAAUCACAAGACAUGUGUUAGUUUUGCUAGAUGUCUUGAUAUUACAUUUUGUAUCAGUAUUAAUGUCUUAUUUUCAGAGGCCAUUUAAUACAAUCAGUGUAAUAUUAGUCUACAGUGAUGUAAUUUAACCACAUCAUUUUUAAGCAGGAUAAAACCAGAAAGAUUUUAGCUCUAUGUUAAUGAUACAAACUUUAAUUUUUAUAAAUUUCUAUUAUAGGAUAUUCAUUAAAAGGCAAUAUUCACCACUGUAAAAACCCACAUACAUUCUAUAGAAUAUAAUAUAAGAAAUAUUUCUAAAUUGUUAUCAGUCCACCUGCCAGUUUAACAAUUUGUCCUGACUGCCCUUAGUAAAGUAACUGUUGUUUCUUACAGUUUAUUUACUUAUUAAUUUAGUGACUAUCACACUAUUCUUGUAUAAUUGUUCAACUGAGAUGAAUGCUAGCGACAGUUUUUACAAGAUAUAAUUGAUCUGUAAUUUACACUAAUAUUCGUCUACUUUGUGUGGUGCUAUUCAACUUGUGUGUCAAUUUUAUAACUGUUAUACAUUUAUUUUUAUACAUAGUGAUUGUGAAAAAAUUAGGUCUUUGUGGAUGCUGUAUACAUUUUUAUACAAUUAAACCCACAGUGAAAUGACUCAUGAAAUAUAAAGUUUUACAUCAUAAUGAAAAGUUUUUUAUUUUUCAGGACAUAUGUUUUUGUUGGUAGAAUAUAUGAUCUUGAGUUUAAUAGAAUCAAGCCUCUUUCCUUCACAUCAUGUUAAAUUUAUUUCAUUUAUGUCAUCAAAGGCCAGUGUUAUAGCAUUUUCUUGAUACAUUUUCAUUUGAAAUGUUUUUAUUUUACAGCUUGUGGGUUUUUUUCCCUGGCAUAUCUUCUUUUGAAGUAUUUCAAAUUCAAAGUAUGUUGUGAAAAACCCACAGCAAUAAUGUUUACUCUCACUAAGGUUGUCUGCAGGGUAGAUAAUGCAAUUGUUUUCUCCCAGGAUCUCAGAACAUUUUUAAAAUUAGUUUUUGUGAAAAUAAACAUAGAAUAUAUAUUUUAAGUGGCCAUUCACAUUAUUUUUCUUUGCCUUUUUUUUAAUUUAACUCACAAGAUCUAGCAUAUACUUAGAAAAUCAAUAUAAAUGUUUUAUGGGACAGAUUUUUUUUGCAUUAAUUUUUUAAUGCCUGCCACAACUACAUAACUAGAGUAUUAUUAUGUAAGCACAUCUCAUUAUACUUUUACUUAUAAUAAUGUUUUAGUUUUGAGGAUGUUUUGAUGUAGGUAUCGAUUAAUACUUUAUUUUUUUUAAGUGUGUUGCAAUAUUAUCAUUUCAAUGUGUAUUAAUAACUUGGGCAUGUUCAUACACCUCUGCCUUUUGAAGGGCAGUUUGAUAAAGUGUAUUCUGCUUAUAUAUACCCAACACCUUACCUGCACCCUUUUAUUCAUGUAUCAUGUAUUUAUAUUUACAUUUAUUUUAAUAUAGAAAGUGUAUUUAGAGUUCAAACUAUUAAUCAGGUUUUGAAAUAAAAACUAUACCCUAUCUGAUUUUUAAUAAUAACCCUAUCUAAUUUUAAUCACAACAUUCAGUUUUCAUUUAAUUAUAAAUAAUAUUUUUCAAAGAAAAGGGAAAUUUAGGUACAGUUUUCUUGUACAUAAAAAAAAAAAAUUAAAAAUACACAGUGGCAAUACUUAUGAACAUAUUUAUGAAUGAAUACAUGUUAACUGGUGUGCAUUUAAUCUGUUUUAAGCCUCACAUCAGUAUUAUUAAUUCUUAACUUAAUGACUUUACUGUUCAAUUUAUUUUGGGUUAAAACUGGUUGUUACAUUUUUAAAAAUAUCUUUUUUUUUUUUUUUAAUUUAUCAUACUCUAAAUUUUCUUCAACUUCAAUUAAAAGCUUUUUUUUUUUAAAUGCUCACUUGUUCUGAAAGCAAAAGUAUAUUCCACAUAACUAGCAAGAGUUUCAAAUAUUGAAAGCUGCAUUUGGGAUUUAUUUUUUAAUAACUUCUGUUUAAAAUAGACAAUAGUUAAAAACACCCAGUAACCAUACAAUUAUCAUAAGUCCUGUUGUGCAAUCAAUACACAUACAUGUUUCUAGUUUGUUUUUGUUGUGCCAGAUAAAUGUUUUCUGUAUUAGGUCCUUGAGAGUUUAAUGUUCAUUGCUUCCCUUACCAACUUGGUUUGAUUAUGCAAGAGAAGAAUCAAAUGAUGGGAGGUGUGGGAAUACUAUUAUACUCUUUUCUACCCUAGGAAACAAACAAAAACACAUUAAUAGUUGGAUUAGAAGAAAUGAAAACAAAGGAAGAUAUAUAACAAUAAUUCUAACAAUGGUACAUUUUAAAAAAUGUUUAUUUUGCUCUCUGGGUGUGUCAAGUAUUUGUGUAUUCUAGUCUCAGCUCAGGAGUUCAUAGCAGUGAUAUCAGAGUCAACCUUUGUAUCCACUAUUUCAUACUGCUGUUAUGAAUAAUCCUUAGGUCAAAAUACUCACACAUGGCAACUUACUUUUUUCUGUUCACUGUUGUACUGAUUAACAUAUCAAUAUUCACUAUAAUAUUCACCAUGAUCAAGUGGUUUGUAAUUAAGUAUACUACAUUUUAGUAAAACAUCCUCAUACUUUUCUGUUGAAAGAUAUCAAUUGGAAAUGUGACCCUAAGAUGUUAUAAAAUCUCAAUUUCUCAAAGAUCUACUCUACAUGUUAUUCAUGAAACAUCUGCAUUAUGUAUGAAGAUUAUUUUGAGUAAGAUUUUUUAUUUUCUCACUUUGUAACCUCCUUAUAAAAUUGUACCAGUUUUAUAUUAAUUCUGAAAUAUCCUAUUUCCCUGAAAAUUCAGUGAAGGAAAGACAUUAGCGACAUUUAUGACAUUGGUUUAUUCCAGAACGAGUGUUAUUUUAUCUUUGCUGUAUUUUUUUUCCUUAUAAGUAAAAAUCAUAACAUUUUAUUUUGUUGCACUGACUUUUAAUCAUAAAAUACACAAUGUAUACCACACUGAGAUUCAAAGUCCCUAAAUAUAAAAAAAAAGAUUUUUUUUUAUGUUACAGGGUGAAAACAACACUAUGUUUUUAUUUCAAGAAUGUCAAGGCAUUUUAUAGUAGUUUUAGUACAUAAAAUUAGGUGAAGAGUUAUCAAUAUAGCUGUUGUUUUAAACCACUUUUUUUCAAAAGGGAGUAAAAUUGUUUGUAUAUUUCUUAUGUAAAAAUUAUGCAAACUUUUUUACUUAUAUUUUCAUUUUUUAGCUGAGGUGUAUAAAUAUAGCAAUAUUAAAAAAUUAUUUAAGUUUAUUUGAAAAAAGCUAGACUAUUAUCAUCAAGAAAACUUAUUGUGGAAUUGUGAGCUAUCCCUGAUUUGACACAAGUGUAUUAAGAAUGAUAUUUUAAGAAUUUUUUUUAUCUUCUUCAUAUCUGUUAUGCAGACAUUGUUUUUUUUUUUAAAUGUUCAUGUAUAGGAAUGUUUAUGUAUAUUUUUGACACUGAGAAAUUAUGUCAUAUUUUAUAAUUGCAAAUUAUACUUAAUUGCUUGAGUAUAUUAAAUAUUUACUUUGCUUAAACGUU